AUUCUUUCCGAACCACAAGAUAAUAAAGGCACCAAGAUAUAGAUUCCAGUCUGGAAGACAAUAUCUGCUUUGCUUUACUUUCCUUUUUCUUUCUUUCAUCCUAGUCCUCUUUCUAUUGACUCUAUUCCUACUUCUCAUACUCAACAUCACACUGUUGACCAUAAUAAUACUCUCCUCUCCUCUCUCCCAAGAAAAAAAAAAAAAAAAGAAUACUACUUACUUCACAAUGGCAGACUCCAAGGCCUCGGCAUACUCAACUGACCCCGCCCUCUACAUGUACACUUCCUUAACUGCUGGAUCGUCCCAUAUCGUCACAGCUACCUCGCGACUAGAGACUAUCCUACGCGCCAACAAGGUUCCCUUCAAAGCUAUAGAUAUAGCUACCGAUGAAAAAGCGCGUAUGUUUUGGGGCCGUAGGGCAGGCAAGGAUGAAUCUGGACGACUACGCAAGAUGCCCGGUCUAGUGCAGAUGGGCUUGGUUCUUGGUGACUUGGUAGAGAUCGAGGAAUGGAACGAAUAUGGCGAACUAAAGCAGCAUGUCACAAUCUAUUACGACGACUUCACCAUCCCGCCCAUAAGCCAAGCACCACCGGCAGGCCCUUCCGCCGCACCCAAAGGUAUCCAGUCAGUAUUAGCACCGAGCGCCGCUACUGCCGCCGCUGCCGCCGCAAGCACUGCUGCGAGCACUCCCGCGCCCCCAGCACCUGAAGCACCUGCGGCACCUGCACCGCCCCCAGCGCCUCCAUUGCCGACAGACGAUAAACCAAAAGCAGCCGAGCCGUCCAUCGUCAAAAAGGCCCCCACAACAGCAGCCACGGCGGCAAGUGCUGCCCCCAAACCCCGCAGCAUUGCCGAGGAGGCCGCGCAGAAAGCGAAGCAGGUGCAUCUAGACAGCCUGCGAGCUAAGGUCCACGGGAGGAAGGAUGACAAGGAAAAGGAGAAGGAGAAGAAGAAGGACGAAGAUACCAAGUCUACCAAAUCUACCAUCACCCCCCUCACCAGAACCACUAGCACCGCCAGCACCAGCACCGCCAAUACCGCUGCUAGUAGCAGCAAGAGUAGUGUUAGCAGUUCCGCUACCAAGAAGACAAUCCCCGUCAAGACUACAACUAAAGCGAAGGAAGUAUCAAAACCUAAGGAUGUAGCAAAAUCUAAAGAGAUAGCUAAACCUAAGGAGGUGGCUAAGCCAAGGGAUACGUCUAGAGCUAGGGAACCAGUUAAAGCCAAGGAGGUGGCUAAACCCAGAGAUGUUUCGAGGGCUAGAGACCUGUCCAAACCUAGAGAUGUUUCGAGGACCAGAGACCUAUCUAGGCCUAGAGAUGUUUCAAGGACUAGAGACUUGUCUAGGCCUAGAGAUGCUUCGAGGACUAGAGACCUGACCAGGCCUACAGCCACAUCCAAAUCCAAGGAAGUACCAAAAGCGAAGGUUACGGUUAAACCCAAGACUACAGCCUCAUCGUCUACCGCCAAGUCAACCACCAAGUCUACCGCCAAGCCAGCUGCCAAGUCAACCGUCAAGUCAACCGUCAAGUCAACCACCAAGGGUCUGGGUUCUCUCUCGAUAUCAGGGAGCAAAUCACCGGCAGUAGCGGCGCCGGCGCAGAAACCAUGCAGAUCGGGCCUGCAGUCGUCGAAGCCCGGAACGUCGCGCAUCCGCACCCCGUCCAGAGAACCGCCGCGCACCGCCGCUACGCGUGCCGUGUUGCAGAGCUCGAGGAGCAGCACCCCCAAGGCCGGCGACGCUAAACCUAGCCCCCUCAAGAGCGCGUCCCCCGAGGAAACUGCGACCACCGAGAAAGCGGAAGUUAACCCUGAGGCAUCGAGCUCCGAGGACGAUGAUGAUGAAGACGACGAGGACGACGAGGAAGAUGAGAAAGAUGAUGAGAAGGAAGAAGAUGAUGACGACGACGAUGAUGAUGACGAUGACGAGGAAGAGGAGGACGAAGAGGAGGAGGAGGAGGAGGAGGAGUCUCCUGCUUCCGAGGAGAAAGGGGAGCAGAGUGCGGCAAAGAAAAAGUGAUUCGUGUGGUACCUAUUCUCCUGCCUACAACCUAGGGGGUAGAAUAGGCAUGCCUCUUUCUUGACUUUUCUGUCGCAUCUACCUACCUAUCUACUUAAAUAGGUAGGUAGGUAGGUAGAUACGAUGGGGGACGAAAGAAAGAGAGGAAGAUGAAGCAGAAGAAGAAGAGAAGGUGUAAUGAUGCAGAAAUAAAGGGGGAGAAGGAGGCGGCGGCGGCGGUCUGCUAUUAUUAGAUUUAGAUGCCAAAGUUGCGAAGAUCAGAGUAGAGAUCAAGUCAAGAUUAGAGGGAGAGAAAGAACGAAAGAAUGAAAGAAGCAAGGGGAAAGUAGAGUAGGGGGAGUAGGAGUAGGGGAGAGUAGAGGCGGGGAAUAGGAGAGAGAGGCGGGGAAUAGGAGGAGAAGUGAGGAAAAUCUGUCGUUGUAAUAGCAAAAGAAGUAAGGAGACAGUUUAGAGAAAAGGGGAGGGGGAGUAAGGGGAGAGGCGAGAAGAGAAGGGAGAGGAACAGAGAGAGAAAGAGAAAGAGAAAGGGGGAGAUUUUAGGAGAACAUCAAUUCCACUCCAUCAACUUCCUUCCGUAGUAGCAAAGUCAAUCCAUCCAUCCAUCCAUCCAUCUAUCUAUCUAUCAAUUAAUUCAAUAGGUACCCCAGAUAGAUAAAUAAUAUACCUACCUAAUUUAUAU